GUCUGCCUCAGCCUGGGAUUAAAGUGCUGGGAUUAAAUAUGCGCACCACCGUGCCCGCCUUUUUUUUUUUUUUUUAUCUUAAUGUAUGUCUGUGUGAGCUUGCCCAGAGAGGUCAGAGUUAAGGCCCUUGUAUGUCAACAAAAAAGCAGUAAGUGCUCUUAACGCCACCCCUCCAGCCCCCCACCCAUCUUCCCUUUCCUCCUACACGCUCCGUUUUGAACUGCCCCCCUCCCAACUCCACCGCCCUCACAUUCUCCACCUAAAGAGAUGUUCUGUGACGUUUGCCCCACGUCACAGCCCCGCCCGGCGAACUUCACGGAGUAGAGCCGGUGUUCUUAGCUCUCGGUCCUGCGGGUCACCUCCUCUAGCGCAAGCGCAAGGAAUAGGGGGCGGACUCUGAGCCGAGAUGGGUGACUGGAAGGGCUACAUCAGCGCGGUACUACGGGACCAGCGCAUCGACGAUGUGGCCAUCGUGGGCCACUCGGACAACCGCUGUGUGUGGGCAUCACGACCCGGGGGUCUGCUGGCGGCCAUCUCCCCACAGGAGGUGGGUGUGCUCACCGGGCCAGACCGGCACACCUUUCUGCAGACGGGUCUGAGCGUGGCAGGCCGCCGCUGCUGUGUUAUCCGUGACUUCCUGCUGGCUGAGGGCGACGGCGUACUGGAUGCACGCACCAAGGGGCUGGACGGGCGUGCAAUUUGCGUGGGCCACACGCCGCGGGCACUCCUGGUGCUGAUGGGCAGACGAGGCGUGCAUGGAGGCAUCCUUAACAAGACAGUGCACGACCUGAUUGGUGGGCUGCGGGAGCAGUGCUCCUAGCUGGACCGCCAGGCCACCCGUGGUGGUAGGAGGACCAGAAUAAACCUUGAA